UACAAAGGGGACGCAGAAGGCAGUCUUGACGAAGUUCGAGGAAGGUGUGUAUCUGAGUUGAAGGAAGUGGUACUAAUCGCCCGCCACUCUACAUCCUAGAGAUGUACCCCGGCGCCCGAUGAGUCUCAGUCCUUUAAAUACUUCUCGGCGCUGGAAGAAGAGGGCAAGUCGCAGGGCGCCUGGCGUCCGGCCGUGGCUCCGCCCAGCCAAUAGGCGCCCCGCAACGGGCAGGACUCCAGCCAAUCGCGACCCGCCGAUCGGCUCCGGGGCGGAGCUAGGUGGCCCGAAGCUAGACCGAGAGGCCAAGGGGGAGGUGAGCGAGGUUCCUGCCCAGCCUUGGUGGGACGCUGCAGGCGUUCCGGGAGGUGGUCGCUGCGAACCUGGACGCAAAGGGCAUCAUGGUAGGUGGCUUGAAGAGGAAACAUUCCGAUUUGGAAGAGGAGGAGGAGGAGGAAGAUAGAAAGUGGGACUGGAGUCCAGCAGGCCUUCGGAGCUACCAGCAAGCCCUGCUCCGUAUCUCCCUGGACAAAGUCCAGCAGCGCAGCCUGGGUCCCCGAGCGCCCAGCCUCCGCCGGCACGUCCUCAUCCACAAUACCCUGCAGCAGCUCCAGGCCUCCAUACGCAUGGCUCCAGCACCUGCCCUGCCUCCCGAGCCCCUCUUCUUGGGUGAAGAGGAUUUCUCCCUGUCUGCCACCAUUGGCUCCAUCCUCAGGGAGCUGGAGACCUCCAUGGAUGAGACAGAACCACCUCAAAAUCCAAUGGCUUCCCCAGGCUUCCAAAAUGAAGUGCUGCCCCAGCCUGAUCCAGUCUUCUUAGAAACACUGAGCUCUCGGUACCUGGGGGACUCUAGCCUGGAUGACUUCUUUCUGGACAUUGACACCUCUGCAGUGGAAAAGGAGCCUGCACUGGCCCCCCUAGAACCUCCACACAGCGUCUUCUGUGCCCCUGGGUCCUGGGAGUGGAAUGAACUCGAUCACAUUAUGGAAAUCAUUCUAGGGUCCUAAAUGUAAUGGGGAGGAGCCUUCCUCACAUUAGCCAUGAUGGGCUAGAUCCCUGGAUGGGUGGAGUCAGAGACAGAGAGUAUGUGUAUGUAUUAGGGGCUCUAAACAGUCAUUGGCCUCAUUUCCUCCCAUUUCAGGGUUCCACAAACUUGUCUUGCAUGUGUAUGUCUGGUUACCCUAGCCUUCUGUGAAGGUGGAUCUUCCUGAUUUAAUUUAUCUGUUCCAAAUGCCUUAAAGGGGCUCCGUUUCUGGGAGUCUGAGUUCUCACACAUUUCUUCUGCCUUUUCCCUCCAGUUCCCACUACCCUUGUGACCCCUGGGGCUUCAGGGAAGGUGGAGCUGGGCCUGUCAGAGGUUGACAGGUGGGUGUGCUGCCAAGUUGCUCUGGAAACCCAGGCUCUUGUCUCUUGAGGGAAUGGGAGGGGCGGGUCUCCUCUACAGAGCUGAACCCCAGUUUCUUGGCAGGACCCCAGUCCCAGCAGCCUCCUGAUUCAUAACCAGGCCGGACCACGUGCAAUAGAGUGGAAACCAAACUGCUCCAUGCCGCAUUAUUUAAAGGAAAGGCAGGGUUUGUGGUGGCUUUGUUUGUAAGUUUUUCUAAAUAAAAGUAUUUUGGAAGGA